AUGAACGCAUCUGGGAGAGAGCCUACUAAGGUUUCUUCCAGGAGUGAGAAGAUCUGGCUUAAGAAAAAUAGCACACAGCAGAACUGCAGCGGAGGAGACUUCGGCGCUCGCCAUGGCCGACAAGAAACCAAGGAAGGAGUCAAGACUGAGAACAACGAUCACAUUAAUUUGAAGGUGGCGGGGCAGUAUGGUUCUGUGGUGCAGUUUAAGAUUAAGAGGCAUACGACACUUAGCAAACUAAUGAAAGCCUAUUGUGAACGACAGGGUUUGUCAAUGAGGCAGAUCAGAUUCCGAUUUGACGGACAGCCAAUCAAUGAAACAGACACACCUGCACAGUUGGAAAUGGAUGGUGAAGAUACAAUCGAUGUGUUCCAGCAGCAGACAGGAGGCGUCUUCUAAGAGGGAGCCUGCUCCUUUCCUCCAGAACUCUCUUCCUACCGACCAAGAACCCAUUCUCUAUUAGAAACCACAAUUUGGUUCCACCACCUCCUGACGACUGCAGUAUAGUUUUCUCUUUCAUUUCCCCUCCCCACUCCUUUACUGUACAUAAAGUAACUGGUGCAUGUGCACACGCAUAUUGCAUUUUUCCCUUUGUUUUUUUGUUUUGUUUUUUACUAAAUGGCCAAUGGUGUUUUGAUCGACACCAAGUGGAGAUGGGAUGGGGAAAUACUGGCUCUGUGAAAACACCCCCUUCGCCGUGAGCGGCUCAUCCAGCUCCUUGCUUUAUUUUCCAGUAAGUUAUUUUGCUCUCACUGUUUAACAAAAACAAAAAACAACAACAUAAAAAAAUCCUUGCAUACCUUGUUGGAUUGGAGAUUUUUAAUGUUUUUCAUUUAUCAUUGUAAAACCAAGGACAAUUUUAUAACUUUUUUGUACGUAGCUGUUACAUGUAGGGCAAUCUGUCUUUAAGUAGGGGUAAAUUACUCUCCAAGAAAUGAAGCCUAGUUUUCCCUUCAAGUCAAGCGUCUUGUUGUUUAAAUAAACUUCUUGUUUA